CAUGUCUCGCUUUCUCUGUUGUUUUUUAUCAACCACUGACCCCUCUCUCUCUGUACAGAGACCAUAUGGAUUCAUGGGUUUGAAUUCAGAAUUAAAGCAGAGCUUUUGGGGAUUCCGCCCACUGCUCUUAACUCAACACAAAUAAAUUUAGGGGUUGAGUCAUUGAUUAUUUCCUCAAGAAAGUUGUGAAUAAUGCCAACAAAUUCGGAAAAUGAAGAUCGGCAAUCAGAAAAUGGAGCACAUGUCAUUCCACCGUCGACAGUCUACUCCCAACCUUGGUGGCGUGUAACCGGAACCAAUGGCAUGCCUUCUCCAGUGGAACACAUCAAUGGUUCUGCCACUGGAAGAGCAAUGUCCCAAGCUAAUGGUGAUGCUAGCAAUAAAGAAGCACAUACCAUUAAUGCCCAGCAAUCUGGAUUGAAUGGUCAUAAUGUUCAAGAACAGCAGCAUCUCAAGCAUGUUCCAUCUUCGACACCACCAGCGAUGGGUGAACAUCUUGAACCAAAUUCCCAAAUGGAACUUGUUGGUCACUCAAUUGUGUUGACAUCGUAUCCAUAUCCAGACCCACAUUAUGGGGGAAUAAUGGCAUAUGGGGCACAGGUAGGAAUGCAAGUACAUCCUCAUUUACUAGGUAUCCAUCAGACUAGAAUGCCUUUGCCCCUCGAAAUGGAAGAGGAGCCUGUUUAUGUGAAUGCAAAGCAGUAUCAUGGAAUUUUGCGGCGAAGGCAAAUACGAGCUAAGCUGGAACUGGAAAAGAAAGUAAUAAAAGCUAGGAAGCCAUAUCUUCAUGAAUCGCGACACCAACAUGCUAUGAGAAGGGCAAGAGGUUGCGGAGGUCGUUUUCUUAAUUCCAAAAAGCUCGAUAGUAAUGCCACCAAUCCUUCUGCCAACUUAUCGGGCUCCGAUCACUUGCCCUUGAACUCUAACAGAAAUUCUGGUCAUCGUGAGAAGGAACUACCCAUGUAUCAAGACAUGCACGGUGCACACAAAUCCUCAAAUGGAAACAACAUAAAUGGUCAUGGUUUGUCUAUGCACCAUUAUUCGCAGUCGACUGACAGUGAUGGGGGAGACUGGUUUGAUCAAGAGGAGGGGAGCGUGCUGGUGAGUCAGGCUCCACGUGGGCCCACUACCACCAAAUGAGAAGCGUUUGGGGAUGGCAGGCCAUCCUUGUUGUUCAACUCUUCUCAGGCAAAUCAUUCUUGGCUUUGGUUACUUUAGUGUUAUGUUUGAUAGGGGUGAAGCUAGGGAAGGGAUGUAUAUGGCAGAACUUGUACUGUUUUCCGUCUGCCAUUAUGUUUGCUUCUUGUUGCAGCUCUCAACCUGUUUGUAAAUUAAGGUCUGUAGCAGUAGUAAUUGUGAAUUUGAAAUACCUCUUUUGUUUGAAACAAUAAUUUACCUUUCAUACCACAAUUCUCAGUCCUGUUUAACAGUGUGAUAUUUUAGUUUUAAUUUAGUGGUUUUUAUGGUUA